ACGAGCGUUUAUUAGGUCGAGGAGCGCCCGGAGCGCCGCCGGCUAGCUACCCACCGUCCAAUCCCCGGAUACCAACCCGCCUCCUCACAUCCUCCCGCUCCGCCGCAGCCGCCGGCCUCUCCAAUCCCGCGUCCUGUGCGACUCUGAGUCUCUGACCUCCUCGACUCAUUUCGAGGAGGAGCAAGGGCCGAUGGAGGACUGCCUCGACGGCGCCGGCGCCGGCAAUGGCGACGAAGGCAGCAGCAGGUGCGGAGGGGGACUUAAAGGAAGCCAGAGCGCUGGCAUGGAGGAGCAACAACGUCCAGGGAUCGUCGACGACGCCGAGUCCCGCGUGGAGGAGCAACCGCGAACAAAGAGGACGCGGAAGAACAAGGUGACACGGGCACGCGCCGAUCGUUCCGAAUUCUUCCUCGCGCCAAAACCAUAUCCCCGGCUCCACCCAGCGCUCCUCUGGAUCGUCCUCCGUGACGAGACAUACCUCACCUUCCCCCACGGCAAAAUCCACCACUACCAAUGUUACCACAGCUUUGACAGGAUAAGCAAGGUGGUGGUGUCUGAUAAGAUUGUCGCUCUCAUUGCCAGGGACAAGGUCAAAAUCUUUGCUCGCGGGCCGCCACAGGGUUUCGGAACAUGCUCGGCCAAGGUGUGGGAGCCCCCUGGAGAAACCCAUGUCGUUGACAUUGCAAUCUUCAAAGAGAAGCUUUACGUCCUCGCUGCAGAAUAUGGUAAUGGCUGUCUUGAACCACCGGAGCUGCAUGCCUUGGAUACCAGCGACGAGCAGGCCGCUGUCAGCUCCGUCCAAUGCGUAAGCGCCGCACCAAGAGAUCGCGUGGAAUCUGACUCGACUGCCGGCUGCCAACUGGGCAUCUUCUUCUACCUGGUCGCAUCCGGCCAUCAGCUGCUGGUGGUGGAACGGCAGGUCGACGUGGAUCACUGGGACCCCUUUUACGUGAGGGCGAUACGGACCCGGUUCGAGGUCUCGGAGGCGGUGGGCCUGAGCGGCAGCGGCCCUGGGCACUGGAGCAAGGUGGAUACACUGAUGGGGCGUGCUCUGUUUGUCAGCCGAGACUGCUCCGAGUCACUCCCUGCCCAGCCUGGAGCUCGAGAAGACUGCGUCUACGCUAUGACCGAACGGAAUCUGCCUCUUCCGAGAGAGCAGAAGAGGGUCCCUGAGGAUGACCUGUUCGACUGUGUCAUGUACAACGUGAGAGACAAUACAGUGGUGCCAUUGCCAUUUGAGACGGCGGCGACGGAGGCAACUCGCGGGGUAUGGCAUCCUACCUGGCUUUUCCCAGCCAAUGUUUGAGUUACAUAUGCAUUUGGAAGUGCCAUACUACCAUCUGGGAUUGAUUUGGUACGCCCUGAUGCUUGCGUAUAUCCAGUAGUAUCUAUCCUUAUCGAUAUGUUGUAGUAAUGACUAGUUUACUUGUUCUGACAAUGUGUGUCAAGUUAAACUGACCGGUGUUGCUAGAUUUCCAUUUUGUUGUCUUAGGAGUAGACAUUUAUCAAGACUAUGGUUGAGCUUGUAGCCUUUCUGUCGCAAACUGUGUUCUUGACUGAAUGUACUGAUCUAUGCGGCUACUUGGUAGUACCAUUGCUUCA